AUGGCCGACGCAACUUACCCCCCCCUCGAGGAGCGUCCUCUCAAAGACACUAUCUGCCUCUUCGAUGUCGACGGCACCUUGACGCCCGCCCGCCUCGGCGCCUCCCCCGAGAUCCUCGCCAUCCUGCGCGCCCUGCGCCAAAAGUGCGCCAUUGGCUUCGUCGGCGGCUCCGACCUCGCCAAGCAGGAGGAGCAGCUCGGCGGGCCCGCCGGCGCACCCGUCACGACGCUCUUUGACUUUUGCUUUUCGGAAAACGGCCUCACCGCGUUCAAGCUCGGCCAGGCGCUGCCGUCCAACAGCUUCAUCCAGUGGAUCGGCGAGGCCCGCUACCAGGAGCUCGCCGACUUUGUGCUGCGCUACGUCGCCGACCUGCAGCUUCCCGUCAAGCGCGGCACCUUUAUCGAGUUUCGCAACGGCAUGAUCAAUAUCAGCCCCAUCGGCCGCAACGCGAGCAACAAGGAGCGCAACGAAUUCGAGCAAUAUGAUAAAGAGGCCAAGGUGCGCGAAAAGUUUGUGGAGGUGCUCAAGGAAAAGUUUGGGCACUGGGGCCUGACAUUCUCCAUUGGAGGCCAAAUCUCGUUUGACGUCUUCCCUACCGGCUGGGACAAGACGUACUGCCUCAAGCACCUCGAAGACGAGGCCAAGAAGCCCAACGGCAUCGCCUACAAGAACAUUCACUUUUUCGGCGACAAGACGGCCAAGGGCGGCAACGACUACGAAAUCUACGAGGACCCCCGCACCAUCGGUCACUCGGUCAAGGGCCCCGAGGACACCAUGACCAUUCUCAAGGAGGUCUUUGGCCUGUAA